AUUGACGCUACUUUUUAGCCUCAAUGAAAUUGCACCUUUAAGGUGUUACACAUAUACACACGUGGUUGAUGUAUUCGACGCUUUCACGAGAUCUUUUCAGCUGAUUUUGUACUUCAUUAUACCAAUAAAUUAGUAUAUAAUACACAUCAUAUAUAAAAUCAUACGAAUCUGAUAUUAUAAUUCUAAAAAAAUAAUGGCUCAAAUAGGAAACGUGACGGCAGAUCAACUGAUUGCUGGUUCCAGUAUAUUGUCAAGACCUGCUGAAGAAUUUGACAAUGAUCCAUCUGUAGAAGCAAUGUGGGCAAUGAAAGCUAUGGAACAUGCACAGGUUUAUUUUAAUAUUUUGUGCUCCGUUGACCCAAAGAUUUUGAAGCUUACACCUCAUGAUAAAGACAUCUACAAAGCAUUUAGAGAAAAUUUCCCUAAUAUGAAAGUGGACAAGAUUGAUGAAGAUGAAUUCAAGUCUCCACAAGAAAAAGAAAAAUGGAGGCCAUUUUGUGAACAGUUUAAGGAUCUUGUGGAAGAUUAUAGUUUUGGCACAUUAUUAAGGGCAGAUUGCACACAAGAUUAUACGGAAAAAAACAGUAUAUUGACAACUCGAAUUCAAUUUUACGCAAUAGAACUUGCCAGAAAUAGAGAAGGCUUUAAUGAUGGUGUACGAAAAAAAUUCAAAUCAAGUAAAGUUUAAUAUUGACCACAAUUAGCUUUUUUUAAUGCUAGAAUUAAAUUUGGAUAUACAUAAUUUUUUAUUUAUUACAAUGCAUAUGUAGGGACAUGAUUUUAUAUGAUAUAUAUUGUAAGUGAAUAAGAUACAAAAUAACAUUAGGUAUACAAUAAAUUGACAUAAUUUAUAACACGAUUUAUAUGAUGACCUGACUAUCUAUAUUUAAUAUAAUAAAAAACGAAAUAUAAUAAAUAACGAG